AUGAGAGUCGCCCGUGCAAUCUUGCUCGAUGGCAGUACAAGACCAAAACCCUAUGAGAAGAAUCUCAUUGAAGAGAAUCAGACAAAUGAAUAUCCGUUUGCACCAAGCAGUGAAGGGUUUCUGGAAGAUUUCCCUACUAUCCAGGAAACGCUGGAGUGGAACAACCAGGAGGGUUUGACUUCAUGGGGUUCGUGGUUAUCUCAGCGAAGUGCACAGAUUGUGUCGGGCCGCAGGCGUUCAGGUACCCACAGCGAAUCAAUGACGGGCACUAGAAAGAGGAUUUCAAAAACUGUAAAGAGAGGCGAUGUUGGUCGGUUUGGUUUGCCAAUGGAUCUGUGGCGCAAAAUUAUUGCAGAAACCGUGGGAGCUUCUGAUAUUUUGACAGCAGACCAACAGAUGCAGGUUCUUCGGUAUGCAUCGAGCUGGCAAGCUAUAAAGCAAGAACUGAGGAUUAGAGGAGGUACAGAGUUUGAACAGAUAUGGAAGAUCCUAAGCUCAAUGGGAUGUCUAACAUACGACCAUCCCUGA